AUGGAUGACAAAAAGGACUUAGAAAUCGGAGACCCCGGCAUAAUGCAGCGACAGUCGAUCAGUCUGCCGAUACUACCAAAGGCUUUGACGCUGGAAGAAAAGAAAUAUCUUUUAGCCGUCGAAAGAGGUGACAUGGCUAAUGUUAAGCGGAUACUUCAACUGGCUCAUAGGAAAAAGCAUAUAGAUAUCAACUGUGUGGAUGCCCUCGGCCGAAGCGCUUUGACCAUGGCCAUUGAAGGAGAGAAUCUUGAAAUGGUGGAACUUUUAGUAGUGAUGGGGGUAGCGACUAAUGACGCACUAUUGCAAGCCAUUAAUGCUGAAUUCGUAGAGGCUGUAGACCUUCUGUUAGAGCACGAAGAACUGAUUUAUAAGCAUCCACAACCUUACAGUUGGCAAAAAGUUGAUCCAAACACAGCGACGUUUACUCCAGACAUUACGCCUCUAAUGUUGGCAGCGCAUAAAAAUAACUAUGAAAUAAUAAAAAUUCUGCUUGAUCGAGGAGCUACAUUACCAGAUCCUCAUGAUAUAAGAUGCGGCUGCGACGAGUGUAUCAGAGAGUCAUCAGAGGAUUCUCUUCGGCACUCAAGAGCUCGACUCAACGCGUACAAAGCUCUGGCCUCACCAUCCCUAAUUGCUUUAUCAGCGACAGACCCUAUACUAACUGCUUUUCAGCUAUCAUGGGAAUUAAGAACCUUGGCAUUUGCUGAACAGGAAAGUAAACAAGAAUAUCUAGAACUCCGUCGUCAAGCACAAAAGUUUGCCGUAGAUUUGUUAGAUCAAUCUAGGAGUUCACAAGAAUUGGCUAUCAUUCUAAAUCAUGACCCUGAAGAACCACCAUUUGAAGAAGGAGAGCAUAUGCAGUUGGCCAGGUUAGAAAUGGCUAUCGACCUUAAACAGAAAAAGUUUGUCGCUCAUCCAAAUAUUCAGCAAUUAUUAGCAACAAUAUGGUACGAAGGUGUUCCUGGGUUUCGUAGAAAGAAUGCUCUAAAGAAAAUACUGAUUAUACUAAGAGUAGCUUUGCUUUUCCCAUUUUAUUGUAUCAUGUACAUGGUAGCCCCAAACUGUUCUACCGGGAAGCUGAUGAGGAAACCUUUCAUGAAGUUCUUGAUACACGCAGCUAGCUACUUGUUCUUUUUGCUAAUUUUGAUACUGGUAUCACAAAGAGCGGAAGUACAAGUAGUCCAGCUAUUCGGACCUGACUGGAUGAUCAAGGACUUGGAGAAAGAGAUGCUAAAACAGCGAGGCAAUGGACCUACUUAUUUAGAACUGUUGAUCGUUGUCUAUGUUUUGGGCUUCAUCUGGCAAGAAACUCAAGAGAUUUACGUCCAAGGCAUACGCUGUUAUCUACGUAACAUGUGGAACUUCAUCGACUUCCUCCGAAAUUCUCUAUACGUAGCUGUCGCUUUUUUGCGAUUUGCUGCUUAUUUACAACAAACAGCUGAAAUCCGGAGAGAUCCUGCGACCAGAUUUAUUCCACGAGAAAAUUGGGACACCUUCGACCCUCAGUUAAUAGCUGAAGGAUUAUUCGCGGCUGCUAAUAUAUUUAGUGCCCUUAAACUUGUUCACCUGUUCUCCAUCAACCCUCACUUGGGUCCGCUGCAGAUCUCUCUCGGGCGUAUGGUUAUCGACAUCGUCAAGUUCUUCUUCAUUUACAGCUUGGUGUUAUUCGCUUUUGCUUGUGGUCUGAACCAAUUACUUUGGUACUUUGCUGAUUUGGAAAAGCGUAAGUGCUAUGUGUUACCCGGCGGCCUUCCCGAUUGGAAAAACGCGGGCGACUCUUGCACAAAAUGGCGUAGCUUUGGAAAG